AGGCAACUCCGAGUCGCAAUCGGCUGCCUGCACGCACAGUGGGUGAGGCACGACGCAGCCGCUUAGGUGACUUCCGAGUCACGACCCGCUGAGUCACGACUGGCAGUCGUAAUAGAUAGACGCGUGCACAGCUGGUGAAGCACGACGCGCCGCAGUCGUAGAGCGUGACUGAGUUGUCUCAACUACGACUCGUAAUAGAUGCCACAGCGACUCGUAAUAGAUGCCACAGCGACUCGUAAGCAUGUCUGACCUGUCGUCGCUAAUCGCUCGUCCCUUGCAACCCUACGCAUGACUGCCACGUGGCGAUCGCUUUGUCGUGUGAAUCCACGCAGACGUUCGGGUCGCGCGUGCGCGCCUUGGGUUGCGCGCCGUCCAUCUUCGUCCUGACCGUCGACCCAAACCCUAAAAGCGAUCAUCCUUUAUUAAGUCUGCUUUUCAUUCGCCUCAAAAGGGACGCCUUCUGGUGCGCGCCGUCACUCUUACCGAGCCGUCCUCCCGGUGAUCCCGGCGAUAUUUGCUUUUCCAGCCUGGAGUCGCCAUCGUCCGCGUUAAUGGCGUCCGCCGCUACCGCGUACAAGCACGACAAGGCCCUCCAAGCGGGCGCACCAGCGCGAGCUCAAGGCGCUCCUCCGCGCGCCGGGCAACGAGACCUGCGCCGACUGCGGCGGCCGCUUCCCGCGCUUCGCGUCGGUGUCGCUGGGCGUGUUCCUGUGCAACCGUUGCUACGGCAUUCACAGAGGCAUCGGCGUGCACGUCACGCGCACCAAGUGCGUCGAGCUCGACGCGUGGAGCGCGGGGGAGAUCGCCGCAAUGAGAGCCAUGGGGAACAAACGAGCGGCUGCGAUCUGGCAGGGCAACGUCCCUUCCAGUGUGAGAGCACCCUCAUCAGCCUCACCAGAUGCAGAGGUGGAGCGGUGGAUCCGAGACAAAUAUGAACGCCACCUCUACCACAACCCCGCUGCUGCUGCUGCUGCUGCUGCUGCUGCUGCUGCUGCUGCUGCUGCUGCUGCUGCUGCUGCUGCUGCUGCUGCUUCUGUCCCUACUCCUGCUUCUGCCCCGGUUGCUGCCUCCCCUCCCCCCGCCACCUGUUCCUCCUCCUGGCCCAAUUCAACGCCCCUACCGCCGCCAGCAGGCGUUGCCAGUGCAGCUGCUCAGCCUAGUGCCGCACAUCCCAGCAGCAUCAACAGCAGCAUCAACAGCAGCAUCAACAGCAGCAUCAACGGCAGCAUCAACGGCAGCAUCAACAGCAGCAUCAACAGCAGCAUCAACGGCAGCAUCAACAGCAGCAUCAACAGCAGCAUCAACGGCAGCAUCAACGGCAGCAUCAACGGCAGCAUCAACGGCAGCAUCAACGGCAGCAUCAACGGCAGCAUCAACGGCAGCAUCAACGGCAGCAUCAACGGCAGCAUCAACGGCAGCAUCAACGGCAGCAUCAACAGCAGCAUCAACGGCAGCAUCAACGGCAGCAUCAACGGCAGCACAGCAAGCAGGGUCCACACCCAUCCCCCCACCACCACCGCCCAUGAAACUUAUCAACCCAGCCAUGCAGCUGCUGCUGGCAUCUCUCUAAGUCAUACAUGGAACGCUGGUGUUCUAGGCGCUGGAAGCAGCAGUAACAGCGAUGUUAUAUCCAAUUCGGUUCCCAGUGCAAGCAGCAGCAGCACACUGAACUCCGACCGAAGUAAGCAACCAGCUGCUGCGCCUAAAGAUCUGAUUGAUUUCUCACAGUGGUGACUUCUGGGCUUUAUUACGAAGCAAUGGUCAGUCUGUUUCUCACAAGACGAGAGUUGGGGGGGAGUGAUAUACGCAUGUGUUUUUGUAGGGCUAAUAUGGCGAACGUGUUGUGCCAGGAAGGAUAGUAGACCCGAAGGAAAUUAUUACCAUUUUCUUUGUGCCUGCCAUGUGUUGGAAAUGAUGAAAGGCAUUUCCGGAGUCUCGUGUGA